AUGAAGCUUGUCGGCAAACACAUCGAAAAGGACCACUCGGGCCAUGUCACCGUCAGACCCGAGGAAGACGAGGACAUGUGGCAUCUCUACAACCUCAUCCAAGAGGGAGACCGCGUCCGUGCCCCUGCCAUACGCCGCGUCCAGAAUGUCUCUGCGACGGGAUCGACAGAGUCCCAUCGCAUCCGCACAACUCUCACUCUGCAAGUCACCCGCGUCGAAUUCUCCCCCUCCGCUAUUCCCUCUUCCAUGGAAUCAACGUCGUCGGCGCCUCCACUGCCGACCGCAUCCAUGCAGGUCUCCGGCCGUGUCGCCGUGGAGAACGCUCACGUCAAGCUCGGAGCAUUUCACACCCUCGACAUCGAGGCCAAUCGUGAUGUUCGCAUAGAAAAGGCGGAGUGGGACAGCAUCGCACUAGAGAGGAUCAGAGAUGCUUGCGUACCUGGGCGUGGUGCAGAGGUAGGCGCGAUCGUAUGUGGAGAAGGCACUGCUGCGUUCUGUCUCCUGUCUCAGCAUAUGACCGUCGUGCGACAACGCAUCGACGUCCCGAUUCCUCGCAAGCGCACGGGUUCUGCGACAGCCCAUGAGAAGGGGCUCGCGCGAUUCUACAACGUGCUCUACCAGACGUUCCUCCGGCAUAUACCGUAUUCAAGCCCUGGCCUCCGAGCAAUCGUCAUCGCAAGUCCCGGGUGGGUUCGGGACGCCGUCUUUGACCACAUCAUGGCGGAGGCUACACGAACGUCCAACAAACCUCUACUUGCUGCACGGUCAAAGUUCGUGCGUGUUCAUGUGAACAGCCCUCAUGUUCAUAGUUUAGUGGAGGUGCUGAAGAGCCCAGAGAUCGUCGCGCAAUUGAAAGAAACAAAAUUCGCUCGUGAGGGCAUCAUGCUUGACAAGUUCUUCAAAAUGCUCGGCUCAGACGAGCAACGAGCAUGGUACGGACCAGACCACGUCGCUCUUGCGAUCGACCGAGGCGCGGUCGGCACCCUCCUCAUCUCCGACGAAUUGUUCCGUGCGAGUGACCCUGUGCUACGCAAAAAAUAUGUUACGCUCGUGGAAGACGUGCGCGAUAAAGGGGGCGAGGUGUUGAUGUUUUCAAGUAUGCAUGAGAGCGGGCAGCAACUUAACCAGAUAACGGGCAUUGCUGCGAUCCUCACAUUUCCGCUGGACGUGGAAAUUGUGGAAGCGGAAGAGAGGGAAGCGAAGGAGGAGGAAGAAAGGAAAAAGAGAGAAGGUGAAGGUGGAGAAGGAGAAUGA